GUCACGUCACGUCCCAGGAAGACGAAGGAAAAAGACUGCCAAAUUAGAGAAGGGUUUUUGUACGAGUAUCAGAAAAGCCAGGGGCAGGGAGGGUUUCGAUUGCUUUCGUCUUUGCGACGUUGGAUAUCGAGCUCUCCACCAAUUUCUGCUUGGGAAGUGUUUGAUUUGUAAAACUAGUUUGAAUCGAUUCCAGCACUGGAACAAGCUGAUACGAAUUGGGCAGCUCAGAAGGUGGGGAUUCCUGGAGAAGUAAUCAAUGGAGGGUGACAGGCUGAACUCCCCGAGUACAUGCGCAGUUAUGCUUGAAGCUUUGGGCCAUCAACUGCAGUUUUCUCAGUGGGAAACCUUUACUAUUUGGCUGUAAUGGACCUUGUUGUCUGCCCAUGUGUAGGAUCCAAAUUCCAAGCAUCUGGGAACCACAGUUUGGGAUGCAUCUAUGGUGCUUGUCAAAUAUUUGGAGAAGAACUGUAGGAGGGGAAGGUUCUGCCAAUCCAAGCUUAAAGGAAAACGUGCUAUUGAACUUGGAGCUGGUUGUGGAGUAGCUGGGUUCGGGAUGGCACUUCUAGGAUGUGAUGUAGUAUCAACAGACCAGGUCGAGGUUUUGCCACUGCUUAUGCGAAAUGUUGAACGUAACACUCAGAGGAUUGUACAAUCGGAUCAAAGUUCAGGUUCCUUGGGAUCAAUCAGUGUUGCUGAAUUAGAUUGGGGAAAUGAGGAACAUAUUAGAGCUGUUGAGCCACCAUUUGACUUCAUUAUUGGAACUGAUGUUGUGUACAAGGAGCAUCUGUUGGAGCCCUUACUGCAGACCAUUUUGGCUUUGUCGAGCCCUAAAACCACAAUCUUGUUGGGGUAUGAGAUCCGUUCAACAAAUGUCCAUGAGAAAAUGCUUGCCAUGUGGAAAAGCAAUUUCCAGGUGAAAACGGUGCCGAAAUCUAAGAUGCAUCACAAGUACCAACAUCCUAGUAUUGAGCUCUAUAUUAUGGAGUUCAAGCAUAAUGGUGGCAGUAUAAGAGCCAUGAUAGACAACCAGCAAACUGAUCUGGAACCAGGAUCAGAAGUAGUGGAAGAGGAAGAGGAGGAAUCUCAAGCUAGUAAUGAUUCUGCAGUUGGUAAUGUUCGAGAUCCUUCUAUUGAGAUUACUGAUCAUGAACAGCAAGCAGUGAAGUCGCCAGAGGCAGAGGGGAUCACCGAUUGGGAAGCGAGGAGGAUUGGCUCAAUGGCUGCUAGGCUUCUUCGUGAUGUCAAGAUAACUUGAAAUUCUCACACACCUGUAGAACUUUGUACCUACUGCUAUCUGUCUCGGUAGUUAGAACUUAGAUGCAUGGUAGAUUCACUGUGAUACAGAAUGUUGGAAGAAAAUGAUUCUCGUAGCAACAUGACCAUUUAUCAGGUAGCACUAAUGUCAUGAAUCUAGUAAGGAUUUAUGUUCCUUGAACUUCCAAUAGUUGAGCAUUGAGAAGGCUGUGAAAGCAGUGAUAUACAAAAA